GUACCUUCAUCCGGAUGCUUUCUCGUUCUACUGCUCGCUGUGCCCCCGCCGCCCUUGCUGGCAUUCGUCAGCGUGCUAUGCAGACUGGCCUUGAAAAGUUCAUAGCGUUCCCUGAGGUCACUGAUGAGCGUGUUAUCCCCGCUGUUGCUAAGGUCCUCAAGGAGAAGAUCGCCCAACCCGUGCUGGUUGGUGAUCGCGAGGCGGCUUACAAGUGCGCGAAGGCUAACAACGUGUCUCUUGAAGGUGUGAGGAUCAUUGACCCUUCCCUUCACCCUGAAGUCGUCGAGCAGACAGCAACUGUCUUGUUCCAGAAGCGUCAGAAGAAGGGUAUGACUCUCGAUGCUGCUCUUGAUACUGUGAAGAACUCCCCUCUCAUGAUGGCCGACUUGAUGUUGACCACUGGUCACGUUCAAGGAUGUGUCGCCGGAGCCUCUCAUACCUCUGCUGAUGUGGCCAGAGCCGCCUUGCAGACUGUUGGUGUUAAAAAGGGUUUGAAAACUGCUUCUUCGUUCUUCAUCAUCGCCAAGGAUGACAAGACUUUCCUCUUCUCUGACUGCGGUUUCUGCAUCGCCCCUUCCAUCUCGCAGCUCGCCGAGAUCGCCAUUACGACCGCCCAGACCUGCGAGGAUGUCUUAGCCACCACUCCCCGUGUCGCCAUGCUCAGCUUCUCCACGUUUGGCAGUGCCAAGCACGAGUAUGUGACCAGAGUUGAGGAGGCUCUCGCUCUUGCUCGCAAGGAGAAGCCUGACCUCGCCAUCGACGGUGAGAUGCAGGUCGACGCUGCCAUCGUUCCCGAGGUAGCCGCCAAGAAGGCUCCUGGCUCCAAGGUUGCCGGCCAUGCCAAUGUCCUCAUCUUCCCCGAUCUCAACGCUGGCAACAUCGCCUACAAGGUCGCUGAGCGUUUCGGAGGUUAUCAAGCCGUCGGUCCUAUCUUCCAGGGGCUUGCCUAUCCCACUAACGAUCUUUCCCGAGGCUGCCACGCUGAGGAUGUCGUUGACGCUGCUGCUGUGACUGUCCUUCAGGGCUCCAGCAUCCCCAUCCCUACUGGUCCUGCCCCUGGUGAUAUCCUCAACUAAAUGUUUAGAAUAGUUAUUGUAUAGUAACAGUUGAUUAUUCACGCAUUUAUCGUUACAAUAU